CGAGCGACCAUCUCUAUACCCAUGCAUGGCGAGCGCAGACGACAAAGCCGCUCUGCGACUUCUCGUGCAGCAUGUCUCUCGCGCAUUCUAUGACUCCAAGUUCGUCGUCAUCCUCGAUCAGCUGGCUCAUCAGGAUGUGUUGAAGGACGACGAAUUGGCCCAUAGAGUGGGGAUGCCUUCGAAGGAUGUGCAGAAGUUGAUAGCGAAACUAGAAGCGGACAAGCUGGUCAAAGUCCACCGUCGUAACGAGAUUCAGCGAGAAGGCCAGCGCCCCAUGAACAAGGGAUACUGUUACAUAGACUACUCAAGCUUCUGCAACGUUGUCAAAUGGCGUAUCACCACAAUGCGCUCGCAAAUAGACAACAAGCUGCGAAAUGAACUUGAUAACCAGGGAUACAUAUGCCCAUACUGUCACAAGUACUAUGCUCCCUUAGAUGUGAUGCAUCUUCUGGACCCGAGUGGGAGUUCCUUCAUCUGCGAGGUGUGUCGCCACGAGCUCAUCAACAAUGAGAACGCGGAGAGCGUGCAGGGAAGCAAGGACCGCCUACAACGGUUCAUGGCUCAGACACGGUGGAUCAUAGAAGAUCUUCAGAAGACUGAUGAGAUCACCAUACCGAGGUUGAACGUCCAACAAUGGCUAGCAGAGCAUGCGGUGGCCAAACUGGAGACGGAUGCGGAUGGCCUUGCAAUAGCCGGAGAAGGGUCCACAGCACAGUCAACACAUGUCCAGAUACAGAUGUCCCUUGAUCAGGACGACGCCCAAGUCAAGAAGGCGCGCGAGGAGGUGGCUGUUGCCCAGAGGCAACACAACGCACUGCCGGAGUGGCACUUGAAGAGCACAAUUAGCGGAGCUCUUACUUCUCUGGGCGCUGCCAGCGCACGCAGCACAACAAGCACGGCUGCGGCAGUGCAGGUCAAUGGAAACGCGGACCGGAAGCCCGAGCAGAAUGAAGUGUACGCGAGUGACUUGGAUCGAUACUACGCAUCGCUCAACACGUCGGCAUCAGAGAGCGUCAACAGAAGCCCAGAAACACAUGGUGGAGAGGAUGAUGAUGAUGACUUUGAAGAGAUCGAGUUUAUGGAGUUCCCUGCAUCAGGCAGUGUAUCCGGUAACGGAACGAUGCCGUCGUCUCCCGCAGCCAAUGGCCUGUCGGGGAUGAACGGAAGUGGCAAACGCGGACGCGAGGAAGACGCGCACGGACUGAGCAACGGCCGUCCGGCAAAGCAGGCACGUAUGGAAGGUACAGCAGAUGCCGCAAACGUAGCCGAGGAAGACGAAGAUGAAGAUGACUUUGAGGAAGUCGCCUAGGUCGCGUGCCCGGUUGAUGUGCCGAAGUGUGAUUUCCGGAAAAUAUUGACAAGUCCGGAGUGUUGGGAUAGAGAGGCGUACUGAUACCGCGCGAUGACUGGUUGGACACCGUCCGGAGGGCCGGGGGGGGGGCUGCAGGUGGCGAGUGCGGCGGAGAUGGGGCAUGGAUCCGUAUGCGAAGCGCAGGCAAGGAAUUUUACGCUGUUUGAUGGAUGCACAGUCCCCGGGGGCGAUGGCUUCUACCGCCGGCAAGCACUUGUCUUGAUCACCUUCUCCGAAUAAGCCUGGUUUGGGGACAGGCACAGCCGUGUGUAUUCUCGUACUGUAUGGCCACUCUGGCGUGGGUGUUAUGAUGAUGUAGUCAGUGUGAUUGUAUGUUUGAUCCCCUAUCCCUAGGUGAU